GCAGCUCUGCGAAGCCAGGUGGUUUAGCAGCUGCAUCCGGGCCACUCGAGAGGCCGAAGACCCCAGGCAAUUUUCAGCGCAGCUCCUCAUAGCAUCCACCCGCAGCCGCCAAGCUCGGCGAAACCCCCGAGCCGACCAGGGGCCCAAAAAGCCUCCAGCGUCAGUGGCUUCUCCGGCAGCCAUAUCAGUAGAUUGGGACGACUCCUCUCUCGCGUAAGUAGGACUCUAAAGCCAUGUCCGCCCUCCUCCUCAAGAAACAAGCUGAUUACCUCGUGCAUGACAGCUACACCGUCGAGACGGAAGACCACGAGGACCACACCUUCAACGGCGUCAUGUUCGAUGUGGAAGUACUGGACAGGCGCCCGGUGCAGGCCUUGGUCGUGGAUUCGAUUCAUGUAAGAGGCGGGCUCGGCCAGAUGAGCGUCUGGUGCGUCGAGGGCGGCAGGAGAGGCGUCGAAGAGAAGCCCGCGGCGUGGACGCAAGCCUUCUCGCGGCACGUGAACGCGUCGUGGCGCGACUUUACGUCGCUCAAGCUCGAGCCGCCCCUCGUACUGCUCCCGGGCAAGACGUAUGGCUUGUACGUCCACUCGGCGGACCAGGGCGACGACGGCGUCGUCUACGAUAAUCAGAGGGAUGAGAUCUGCCACGAGGAUGACUAUAUAAGAGUCUUUCCCGGGUUAGCUCAUCUCUCACCGGACCCCUUCGGCGCCGACGGGCCGUGGUGGGGCUCGCCCUGGCGGCGGCGGCGGGCCUUUGUGGGCAAGCUGUCCUACGGGGCGCGCUACGUGCUGUGGCGGCCGGUGCCCGCGGCGCACACGCGCUUCGACCCGACGUUUCGCAGAGGCGUCGUCGCGGCCUUUUACGCGCUGACGAUGGGCUGGGGCGGUUUGCCCACUGAUUGUGUCCUCUACAUCCUCCACCUCGCGCGCUACGACUGGUUUGAGCCGCCGGAAUCUGAAACGCAAGAGACGCUCCCGCCGCCGCCGCCGUCACCCGCCACGGCCCACCGGCUCCUGGCGUCGCAGCAGCAGCGCUACGCGAACGACUACUCGCGCUUCGACAACAUCCGCGACUCGGACGACUCCUCGGACUCGUCUGAUGACGACUUUCACCUGGCCACAAUGACGUAACACGCGCGAAAAAAAAAAUGACAUAAGAACUUGCUUGAAUUAA